AACCUUACGGACUGUUAAUUUGUUACAUACAGGACGAUUGCGAUUCUUAAACCAAGGGAAACAAAGCACGCUACUCGGUUUCAAUGUUGGAUUUAUCAUUUUCUGAAAGGAUUUAAAUGCAUGAUAUAUAUACAUUCUUUCGAUAUAAACAAAAAGGCCUUGGAAAAUGGUUGCAUAGUAAACUGGUCCGUGCACCCACCCUAUGGUACACCAAAGCAACCUGUGCCUAAACAACUUGAUUAGUAACAGGGCGGCGCGGCGUGGAAGAGUGUUCUAAACAGAACAGAACCGUUUGUGUUUGUGUUUGUUUUGCCAGUCAUCACCAGAUCAAAAAAAAUGUCAGCAGCAUUUCCGGAUGUAACACCCAGCUAUCCCAGUGUAUCACCCACUCUGGCUGAGGGAGUACAUGAAAACUUGUUAUUUUUCGUCAAGUUGAGCAAAAGCCUCCUCGAGCUGUCUCAUAAGAUUGCUGCCAUACAAGACGAGGCAGCGUCGAACGUUUUUAACGUUGUGGAUGCGUUCACAAAAAAACUCCCCGAAGUAAACAAACAAAAAUUUUGUCCGAAUGAAUCGCUUGUUAAGUUUCUUCAUCGAAUACUGGAGCAGAUGAAAACACAGGCUGAAACGCUACAUUCUGUUGGAGCGACCUUUGCUGAUUGUGUGAUUACACCUCUUCAAGAGGUUGUGGAAAAAAAGAGAGAAGUCUGGAAGACGUGUUUUUACUAUGUACAAACUUACCAAGAACAAAUUCAAAAGAAAGAGGACGACUUGGUCAAACGAUACAAAGAAUACUCUGACGCCACAGCAAAAACCCGAAGCACGGUUAAUCCGAAAACUAAACAGAUUGUGUUUUAUAACAACAGUCACAAUACGUAUCUGCUAAGAUUGUCGUCUGUGAAUAGCAUAAAUAACUUACACUACACUCAUGUGUUACCACAUGUGCUGUACUGCCUGGAGAAGAAUCAAGCCGAGUUAAAUGAUAGUCUUCGACACCACGUUAAGUAUAUGUUCUCAGUUCAGAAAGAUACAUUUAAGAAACUUUUGAAAUCCAACGACAAGAUGGACCACGCGGCAGAGAAGAUUGAUAUUGUUUCCGAUUUCAAAAAGUUUGUAAAACACACAAUAAAAGAAGGAUUAAAGGAUAAAAAUCCUCCAAGACAAGAAUUUUCUGCCCCCCGGAUCGAACAAAGUAGACGGACUAGCGUAGCUUCUGAAAAGUCAGAAGAAGCCUUCAUUGUGAAUAAAUUCACCCGACCCAACCUACAUCGACGAUUAGCGUAUUUACAAUAUCAAACAAACCAAUUAGUUGACGCGAUUUCGUCCAUGAGAGCCGGCGAUAGUGAAGAGUUACGAGCCUUGUAUCACGGUGACGACCCUUCCUUAAAUGAAGUGAUUGACUUGCUUUGUAUAUGUGACAAAGAAGCAAACUUGAAUGUCUUAUUGAAACAGAUGGAGUUGUAUACGCCCGAGGUGGUUAACUAUUUGGGACCACCACCCGCAAACAUUAUGCAAGAAAGUAAACAUUCACACAAGUCACCUGUCCAUCAACCUUCGAAUACUCAGAGAGAAGGGGAGAAACCGCAUGAAUUCGCCGAACUUCCGCUUAUAAAGCCCCUCAUGUGUUUCUACUGCAGUAAAUUGAUAUCUUUGAUAAGUAAAGGCUUCGUUUGUAAGUUAUGCAAGAUGCCUGUGCAUAAGAAAUGUGCUGUGAACGUACCGUUUUGUGAUGGGGUGCCAAUCAAGCAAAAAAGUAAAUUACAGUCAGCAGAAGGAAAAAUGGCUGCAGAGAGUUCAGUUGUUACCGAUCUGAUCGAUCUUGAAAGCGAUUAUGAAGAGGGUUACGAUGAUGAUGAAUUUUAUGACGGGCUGUCUGACACAGAAGAAGAACAGCCUGUUCCACCACCUUUGCCAACCCGUACUGAUAUUCCUCAAAGCUUUCCAAGUAAACCUGUUAUUAGUACUAAGCCAUUAAUUCCAAUUAAAGCUCAUUACCCUGGCAUUUCUGCGAUAAAUAAGCCACUUCCGAAUGAACCUGCGGAUAACAAAGCUGAACGUAGACACACCAUGCCCGUUUUUCCGGUGGUUCCAACGAGAGUGUUUAAACCAUUCAGUAAUGAAGCGGAAAACGUUAAACCCAAAAUUUCAAAGAAGCCCGCAAUAGCAACGAAGCCAAAACUUCUAUCAUCAUCCGACGAGAUGUGCGUCACGUUGUACGACUUUGACGGGACGGACGAUACGCACUUGUCUUUAAAAGCUGGAUGCAAGAUAGAAGUUCUAGAAAAGGGAGACACCGGGUGGUGGCGUGGAAGGUACAAGAAUGAAGAUGGCUUCUUCCCAUCACAGUAUGUUCUUCUAAUAGAUAACAAAGAUGUUAUAUUGCGUUCCUUAUAUGAUUUUCAAGCUGAAGAUAAGAAAGAGCUUAGUUUAGACGAAGGACAAAUUUUAGUCUUAAUACAUAAAGAAGACGACUGGUUUAAAGUGCGUUCGGUACACGGAGAAGGUUUAGUUCCAGCGUCCUAUAUAGAGCACAUUUAAAUAUUUUUAGAGAUAUAAAUUCUAAAACAUUUCGAACCUAAUAUAAAGAUAUUUUUGAGCAAUUGCUGUAAACUCUCCUUGUCUUCAACAAUUAUCUCGAACUUCUCCCUCUUUCGAACAAUUUAGCCCCUUGCCUACUCCCCUAAAUCAUAAAAUGAAUUCCCCUGAAAACCACUAUAAAUUUAGAAGUAAAAUUUCAUUAUUUUUACGCAAAAUUUAAAUCUCACGAAGCAUUAGGACUUGCAAAAUUUUUAUUUUAUUUUUAAAUUUUUUCUCGCGAAAAUUAAUAUAUUAUUUACUUGCGUAUUUUCCCCAUCUCAAACAAUUUUUUCACUUUUCGACGUAGAGAGACUGUCCAUUGUGCUAAUUUUAAUUCUUGUCGUUAGCUUGCGUUGACAAAAUGUGAAAAUAAGUUCUGGCAAUUUCAUUUAUGGCAAUAAAGUUGCUGCUUUAAAGGAAGAAACUUUCGUUGGAAGAAAGUUUCGCGGUUCGGAAUAACCGCGAAAAUUUUGCAUAUCGCGGAAAAAAACUUUCGCGGACAAGCAAUUUGAAUUUUUUUUUACGGGAAGACACUUUCGUGGACAAUAAAACAAAGGAUAUGAAUGUUGUAAUUAUUUUAUCGCACAAAAAGUACUAUAUAAUAUUCUUAGUCUAUGAUUAUAAUGUCUUCGCAAUCUUCCGAAAUUCAUCAGCCUUUUGAAUAAAAAUUAUUUUUUCGUUGACAAAAAUUAUAAAAAUUAUAGUUCUGCUUCUGUAUCACUUUUGUUAUAGUUUCUAAACCUUUCUUUUUAAAGCCAUUUCUAUAAACUUAGGUAAUGAAACAAAAAAAUUAGGACAACGAUACUUGUUUUUUGCUUUUACUGAGUGGUUAAAUACAAUUAAUAUAAAAAGCCUUCACUGGGAACUAAAUUUACAAAAAAUUUCGCGGGAAAAAACUUUCGCAGACAACACGUUUUAGAAAAAUUCGCGGGAAAAUACUUUCGCGGACUACGCCUUUUAGAUAAUUUCGCGGAAGAAACUUUUGCGGAAAGGCCCCAAAACCCGCGAAACCGCGAAACUCACUUCCAGCGAAAGUUUCUUCCUUUUAAGUAUUUGAAUUCAAUGUUUCACCUAAAUUAGCGAAAAUUUCUUAAUUUGUAAAAUUUAAUCCAUGUAUUUUUUUACUUGUAUGUACAUUUUUCAUUUACCACCAUGACAUGUAACUUUUAUUUUGACACAAUUUCAAAGAAUCUCUCUCGUAUUUGUA